AUGGCCAGCAUCAUUGCACGUGUGGGUAACAACUGGCAGCAGAAUACAGCCCUGCCACCCUGGGCCCAUUCCAUGUUGAGGUCCCUGAGGGGGAAGGGGAGUCUUGGUCCUUCAAGGGUCAACAUGGCAGAAGGAAAGACGAAAUUGUUCUCUGGGAGGGUGGUGCCAGCCCAGGAGGAAGAAACCUUUGAAAACUGGCUGAUACAAGUCAACGGGGCCCUGCCAGAUUGGAAUAUGUCUGAAUAGGAAAAGCUCAAGUGCUUGAUGAAAACCCUGAGGGGCCCUGCACAGGAGCUGAUGCGUUUACUGCAGACAGCCAACCCCAACCUCAGUGUGGCAAAUUUCUUGCAUGCCAUGAAGUUGGUUGGGGAUUCUGAAAGCAGUGUCACUGCCCAUGGCAAAUUUUUUAACACCUUGCAGGCACAAGGGGAGAAAGUCUCCCUUUAUGUGAUCCGUUUAGAAGUGCAGCUCCAGAAUGCUAUUCAGGCGGGGAUCAUAGCUGAGAAAGAUGCAAAUCAGACACGCCUGCACCAUCUUCUUUUAGGGGCUGAGCUGAAUGGGGACCUGUUCUUCAGGCUGAAGAAUCUUCUCAGGAUGUAUGCAAAUGAGCAGGAGUGUCUCCCCAGUUGCCUGUAGCUAAUCAGGACGAUAAGGGAGGAAGAGGAUUGGAAUGAUACUUCUAUGAAACGGAAGUGGCCCAAAAGAUCUGAGCUAAUCAUGGAGAGGGCAGUAAGCCCCAUGGCAUUUCAGGGCCCCCAGUCAAGAGCCAUCAGCACUGCUGAUUGUGCUGUGAUAGAAGUAGAUGAUACCCUUAAUGACUUACAUGAGGAUGUGAUCCUGGUGGAGUCUCAGAACCUUCCACUUACAUCCAUAGGUGCCCCUCCCCUCAGGGUCAGGGCCAGACUUCAGGAUCAAAUACUGGUCAUUGAUUCCAUAAACAGUUCUCAAGCUCAAUCUCCUUCUACCAGUGGUGGUUCUGCAUGUAAGAAUGAUGGUCCUGGGGAUAUACGUAGAGCCAGGAAGAGAAUAUACUGUGGUGAGGAGGGCCACUCAAAGGAAACCAGUGACAGUAAGAGCAACAAGGGCCAGGUGUUCGAGAAUCUGAUCAUCACCCUGCAAGAGCUGACACAUACAGAGGAGGACACAUCAAAAGAGAUCCCAGGCAAACACAGUGACCUCUCUGAGCCACAGUAA